AUGUCUACUGAAAAGAAAGCGCAGAAUCUGAUACGGUUUAACCCGGACCAGCUACCAUGGACAUCAUGGAAGUCGUUGUUAAAGAACUAUUUUGCCCUUGCGGAAAUAGCCGCCACGAAACAGAAAGAAGUGCUGCUGAACAGUCUGGAAGUCCGAGCCUUCCAAGACCUUGUCAGCGCCUGUCGACCAAAGGAGCCUACGGAGCUGUCGUACGAUGAGCUUAUCAAGAAGCUGGACGAUACGUACAUAAAGGUCACCUACCAAACGACUGAAUGGGCCUCGUUUUUCUCUACUCGACAGAAAUCCAGCCAAUCGCUAGUGGCUUUCUCUAACGAACUACGGGAUAAAACUUACACAUGUAAGUUUCCUGGGACGUUGUUGGAGGAUUUACUUAGCUCAGUGUUUGUGGCUGGAGUGUACAGCGAUACCACGAGGCGCCAUCUCAUGUCGCAAGAGCUUAAGUCCUUCGACGAGACACUGCAGAUCGCAAAACGGUUUGAGACUGGCCAGGAAGAGGCCAAGGUCAACAACAACCUCCAAGAAGACAUCGUGAAGGCGACCUCAUCCCGUCGAAGCUUCAAGCCAAAUGGUGGUGCCAAAGCCAAGCGAGCUCCAAACAGCGGUGGCGGCAAAGCGUGCUAUCGGUGUGGAAACACGAACCACGACCAAGAGCAAUGUCGGUUCAAGGACCAGAACUGUCGCAAUUGUGGCAAGGCCGGCCAUAUUGCGCGGGUCUGCAAGUCCAAACAGAUGUGCAUCAAGGUCAACGGACGGUCAGUAACUUUUGAACUGGACACCGGAUCCGGGAAGACCAUUGCAUCAAGGCAAAUGUGGCAAUCAGUGGGAUCACCUAAACUGUCCCCAUACAAAGGAUUGCUGCGCAGUUUCACUGGCCACACAAUACGAGUACUAGGCGUGUGCAAGGUGAACGCAGAGCACCGGAACAGCACAGCCAGUGACCUUGAGAUGAUAGUGGCUGAUAAGGGCGGCGGGAUCUUGGGAAGAGACUGGAUCCGCGCGCUAAACAUGGGCGACCUGAAGUUCAGCGAAUUGUCAACGUCAGCCGUUCACACGGUGGCGGAACCGGACACGCUGGAAAGUAUCCUCGCGCAGAACAAGGAACUGUUCCGGGACGAGCUAGGAUGCUGCCGGACAUUUCAAGCGCAUCUAUACCUGAAGCCAGGCGCCAUACCGAAGUUCUGCAAACCACGCCCAGUGCCGUUCGCGCUCAGACAACCAGUGGAAGAAGACUUGGAGCGUUUGGUACGACUGGGAGUGUUGGUCAAGGUCGAUCGGGCAAAGUGGGCCGCACCAAUUGUGAUAGUCCGUAGAGUGAAACGGAAAGUGCGAACAUGUGCCGACUUGAGCACAGGGCUAAACGACGCGCUGGAUAUACAGAGAUAUCCGCUGCCUCUGCCCGAUGAACUGUUUGCAGUACUGAACGGAGGCGAAGAAUUUACGACAAUAGACAUGUCUGAUGCGUACCAUCAAGUUCCGCUGGAUGAGGAAAGCAGCUGGUUGGUGGUGAUCAAUACGCACCGUGGUCUAUUCCGCUACACACGACUGCCAUUCGGUGUGGCGGCAGCACCAGCAUAUUCCAGCAACUGA